AUGGCGUCUUUCGCACCCGGCUUGCGGAGGCUCGCUUUGAGGGCGUCUCCUUCGCUUUUCGUAUGCCGACAAUGCCAACGCCAGCAGCCACAAUGGCAGCGCACGUCCCCAUCCCGCAUCGUCGACAGCAUCGUACGAUCCCAGCAGACCCGAAGCUUUAACCAUACCAAGGCGCCGCUGAGCUUCAGCAGUAACGCCAUCGUUGACAGAACCUCCCCGAUUGUUGAGCAGGCCGCAGCUGCAGCGAAGGAGGGCGUCAAGAAGAGCGCCUGGCCCGAGACGAAUUCUAAGUCUGUGGGAUACUGGCUCGUCGGCAGCGCCAUCAGUGUUUUUGGCAUUGUUGUUUGGGGUGGUCUUACGAGGUUAACUGAAUCUGGUUUGAGCAUCACCGAAUGGCGUCCCGUAACCGGCUCCCUUCCUCCGCGAAACCAGCAAGACUGGGAAUCCGAAUUCGAAAAGUACCGCGCGUCCCCCGAGUUCAAGCUGCUUAACCCGCACAUGGACCUGGACGAGUUCAAGAAGAUCUACUUCAUGGAGUGGUCCCACCGUCUCUGGGGACGUUUCAUCGGAAUGUCCUUCGUCCUGCCCACCCUGUAUUUCAUCGCCCGUCGCCGCGUCACCCCCAAGAUGGCCCUCAACUUGUGCGGAAUCUCCUGUCUCAUCGGCUUCCAAGGCUUCAUCGGCUGGUGGAUGGUCAAGUCGGGUCUCAAGGACGAUCUUUUUGCUCCUGGAUCCCAUCCGCGCGUCUCCCAGUACCGUCUGACUGCCCAUCUCGCCACGGCCUUCGUCUGCUAUUCGUGGAUGCUCCUCUCGGCUCUCUCCGUCUUCCGCACCCGCCGUCUGUUGGCCGACCCCGUCGCCGCCUCCAAGGCCUUUGCUGCGCUGCAGAACCCGGCUAUCAAGACGUUCCGCCGUCUAUCCUUCGCUCUCGUCGCCUUGGUCUUUACCACCGCCAUGUCCGGUGCCCUGGUCGCUGGCCUUGACGCCGGUCUCAUCUACAACGAGUUCCCCUACAUGGGCCUGGGUCUGACCCCGCCGUCCAAGGAGCUCUGGGACAACUUCUACUCCCGCAAGGAGGACGGCUCUGAUCUUUGGUGGCGCAACAUGCUUGAGAACCCCAGUACUGUCCAGCUGGAUCACCGCAUCCUCGCCAUGACCACCCUCUGCUCCAUCCUCUCCCUCUUCGCUUACUCCCGCACCCGCCGUGUCGCUGGCGCACUGCCCCAGGAUGUGAAGAAGGGCGUCUUGGGCACCGUCCAUCUGGUUUUGAUGCAGGCCGCAUUGGGUAUAAGCACUCUCAUCUACAUCGUCCCAGUCCCCUUAGCAGCGGCUCAUCAGGCCGGCGCUCUUGCGUUGCUCACAGGCGCCCUGGUUCUCGGCCACCGUCUUCGCGUGCCCAAGUCCACGCUCGCCAUGAUCCAGAAGCGGAUCAAGGUCAUCAAACCUCAAUGA